AUGUACAGCAACAGCAACAUCGGCCCCAACACCGACCAGUACCACUUCCUGGAGGGCAACCCCGUUGAGACCCUUUACAUCCUGACUGGUGUGUGCUCAUGGCAACGGGGAGGAGCAUGCUUUCGGCCGAGGAGAGGACAAUGUCGAGGUCACCAAGGACCGCAUCGGUCAUCGUCAGCUCCACGUUUGAGAACCGCAAGCAGGAAACGACCGGUGGAAGUGAGUCGUCUUUUCCGUCUUUUGACCGCUGUGGCAAGGGCCGAGACGCAACGGAGCGUCGACAAGUUGUCCUUGUAG